UUUCCUCUCUCUCUCUAUCUCUUUGUCUUUUUUUCUUUCUUUUUCUCUAUUCUGCAUACUGUAAACGUUUUUAAAGCAAUGAAUAAACGUUUAGCCUUGGCUCGUACGGAACAUUAUAUGCACAAUUUAACUGCUAAAAAAAUAUUCAACUCACUUUACAAAUGUAAAAUUUAUUCGCGUAUAUCUCUUGUUUUCUUUAAAUAAAAUUAAAAAAAAAAUAUAAAACACAAAAGAUUUUAUUUUUAAUGCAACAUUAUAUAAACUUAAACGUUACAAUGUCGUUCAAAUAUAUCUGUUAUAAAAAUAAAAAGGUGUAGCAGGGUGUUCAUAUUGAUCACGCUUGUUCAUUUGUUCUCUGCACAUGUCACUCGAUGUUCGAAAAAGAGAGAAAAAGAAGGGGAAUAGUUUGAUCGAUGCAAUGAGCCCGGUGUUAUGAAUACACAUAUAUAUAUAUAAAAAUAAAUAUAUAUAUAUACAGUGACAGAAACAAAGAGAUGGUCAAGAAUAAACUUGAGAAGAUGACUGAUGAUCUUUGAUAAUCAUUAAAAGAAGACAAGAGGAUUAAUUAAUUAUUCUUUAAAUGAAUAUACCGGCGCGAAUUUGACAGAUUGCGAAUUCUGUUAUUGGAUUCUUUAUUAUCUCUCUCUCUCUUUCUUUCACAUAAUCUUACAUUGGUCUCCUCUCUCUCUCUCUCUCUCUGUCUCUCUUUCUUUUACAUAACCUUCCAUCGGUCUCCUAUCUCUUUCUAUCAACUCUCCUUGCAUAGGAGAGAUGAGGAUAACCUUCAAUGGAGAAAACACAAGUAUUUUCCAAGAACCGAACAACGACAACCUACUGUGAAAUGGUUUGCCCAUCGGCAGAGGAAUUAAGUGUUAUUAAAAAUAGCAUAUGCUGCGAGCAAUGCGGUUUAUUGUUCCGAAACGAGCCACGAUAUCGGUUGCACGAUUUAAAGGUACAUCAAAGAAAAAAAUUAGGAAAAAUAACAAAGGAAAAUGUUCGUUAUCACUGCCCGGUAGAAACUUGUGUUUAUGCUCCAGAAUCGGAAAGAUAUUUUACCACGAUGAAAUAUCUCAAACAGCAUUAUUUGAAAGUGCACGCUGAGAAGACAUUCGCUUGUACAAGUUGCGCUAAAAGUUUCUCCACCGAAGCUGCCAAAGAAGGACACAUGAGGAUAUGCGGCAUUGAAUUUUCCUGUUAUUGUUCGAAGACUUACAGCACUUACGAGGCACUCCUUACACAUGCUAAAAGAUCUUUGCAUACUAUAGACAAUAAAUAUAAAAGCUCUUUAAGACGGACUAACUCAAAGAUCACUCGUGCUAUCCCUUUAUCUCCUACUGUUGUAUCUACUAUAAACAAGCCGGUUAAUAUUUUACCGAGUCAUAAUAACAAUGAAGGAAAUAAUUCUAAUGUUAAUGUAACUGAAAAAACUACCGUCGAUAUUGGCGUACAAACUGAUGAAUAUAAGAAGUAUAGAAGAGCAUCCAGUCCGCUAAAACAGGUCUCUAAUGGUAAUGGAGCCAGUGGAAAACGAAGAGUAUCUAGACAAACGCAAACAAUCGGAUUACAAGGUGAAAAACAUGGUGUUAUAUCGAUGGAGACGCAAACUCCGGACACUAAAUUUAUUGGAAAGGAACCAUUUAAAGUUAGAAAACGUAGGAAGAGUAAUUCAAUAGCUAAAAAGCCCGAAUCUUCGUUGUUAAAAGAAGAUAUCAAUUUAGAAGAUAAUUUUACUUCCUCCAAUCUAUUUCCUGCUAGUCCAUUGACAUUAAGACAUGAUGUAGGCUUACAAGACUUUUGGGAAGAGAAAAACAAUUCUGGUACACAAACUAUAUCUAAAAAGGAUAUGUUUGAGGCAUUACAUGACAACGUUUCUCAAACAGAUUUAGAAACUUUUUAUAGCCAUAGUAACAGUUCACUGAUACAGUGCUUACCCAAAAGUACUGUAGCAUUAAUGACGUUACCUUAUACGGAAGAUUCAACUGUCGUUAAUAACGAAGAAUAUCCAUUUUCUUCGACUAAUAAUAUAUCGAGGUCAGAUCCUAUGUUAACGGAAAAAACUUUCCAUGACAAAUUCAGUAGUAUAGAGACACAAACAGAACAAGGAUAUUCUCAGACGUUUUUUGACUCUGAUGCUUUAUCCAGAACAUUUGCUUUGAGUUCUACCAUCGAAACUCAGACAACAGAUAAUUUUGAUAAUAUGGAACAAUUGUUCUACAAUAAUACUUACACUCAAACUUCGGAUGAAAUGAUAUCGCCCGAUUUAGUAUUAACCAAUAUUCAAACUCAAACUGCUUGGACGCAAUUGGACGAUACAACAGUUUCCGCCGAAACUCAAACUAAAUCAUUAAUUUGUGAAACGGGUUGCAAUAUUUCGAUGGGUGCUUGUCGUUCAUGGCUAAAUGCACAAAUGAGUCAUACUGAAACUCAAACCGAUCUGUUUAGCAUAUUUGAAGGUCUUCAGUAAUAGAAAAAUAUAUAUGUUAAUCA